GGCUGUGCUGGGAAGUCAGCUGCUCGUACAUCUGCGGAGAUGGCCACAGGACCCCCGCUCCCCCUGCCUGUGCUCACGGGGCUGCUGCUCUUGCUGUGUGCUGGGCCCUGCGCUGAGGGCGGGAAGGUGCUGGUGGUCCCCAUGGAGGGCAGCCACUGGCUCAGCAUGCGGGAGGCUGUGCGGGAGCUCCACGCCAGGGGCCACCAAAUAGUGGUGAUUUCACCGGAGGUGACUUUGCACGUCAAGGAGGAGGACUUUUUCACCCUGAAAACCUAUGCCAUUCCAUUCACCCAGGAAGAUUUUCAGUAUGUCAUGGUGGGCCAGGUACACAGGAUUUUUGAAAGAGAACAUUACCUAAAAACAUUUUUUAAAAUUAUGCCAAUUUUGAAAAAUGUGUCUCUUGUCUUCCAAAAGUCUUGUGAGGAGCUGGUGCAUAACAAGGACCUGAUCAAGCAAUUGAAUGCUAGCGCCUUUGAUGUGGUUUUAACGGAUCCUGUCUACCCCUGCGGGGCAGUGCUGGCUCAAUACCUGUCCCUUCCUGCUGUGUUUUUUUUGCGUGCCAUUCCCUGUGACUUUGACUUUGAGGGCACACAGUGCCCAAACCCUUCUUCGUAUAUUCCUAGGUUAUUAACAAGGAAUUCGGACCACAUGACAUUCCUGCAAAGGGUCAAGAACAUGCUCUACCCUCUGGCCCUGACGUACGUUUGCCAAAUUUCUUUACCUCCUUAUGCAAGGCUGGCCUCUGAGCUUCUUCAGAGAGAGGUGUCAGUGGUAGAGGUUUUCAGCUAUGCAUCCAUUUGGCUGUUCAGAGGAGACUUUGUGCUGGACUACCCAAGGCCGAUCAUGCCCAACAUGAUCUUCAUUGGGGGCAUAAACUGUGCCAACAGGAAGCCAUUAUCUCAGGAAUUUGAAGCUUAUGUUAAUGCCUCUGGAGAACAUGGAAUUGUGGUUUUCUCUUUGGGCUCAAUGGUCUCGGAGAUUCCAGAGAAGAGAGCAAUGGAAAUUGCUGAUGCUUUGGGCAAAAUACCUCAGACAGUCCUGUGGCGGUACACUGGGACCCGGCCCCCGAACCUUGCGAAGAAUACAAUCCUUGUCAAGUGGUUGCCCCAAAAUGAUCUGCUUGGUCACCCCAAAACGCGUGCCUUUAUCACGCAUUCUGGCUCCCACGGCAUCUAUGAAGGAAUAUGCAACGGGGUCCCGAUGGUGAUGCUGCCCCUGUUCGGGGACCAGAUGGACAAUGCGAAGCGCAUGGAGACGCGGGGAGCGGGCGUGACCUUGAACGUCCUGGAAAUGACUUCCGAAGAUUUAGCAAAUGCCCUCAAAACUGUCAUCAAUGACAAAAGCUAUAAGGAGAACAUCAUGCACCUGUCCAGCCUUCACAAGGACCGUCCCAUCGAACCACUGGACCUGGCUGUGUUCUGGGUGGAAUUCGUGAUGCGGCACAAGGGAGCCCCGCACCUGCGCCCCGCGGCCCACGACCUCACCUGGUACCAGUACCACUCUUUGGACGUGUUUGGCUUCCUCUUGGCCAUUGUGCUGGGAGUUGUCUUCGUUGUCUAUAAGUGUUGUGCCUUUGGCUACAGCAAAUGUUUUGGGAAAAAACGGCGAGUUAAGAAAUCUCAGAAAUCCAAGGCGCACUGAGCGGUGGGUGGGAAAUGGGGAGACGGAAGCUGCAGGGCCUGUGCCACAUUCAUGUUGUGCUGAUUGAAGAAGGGCUUUGCUGCCUUAAGUUAGACACCCAGAGUGGUUCUCAAAAAUAAAAAUAAUUUACUUGACAGCCACGCCUGUAGGUAGAAAUAUUUUGAAAAUGUCCUCUGCCCCUCCGGUACCUUUAAUCGGGACCACACCUGCCACCUUUAAUAUGACUUGCCAAGAGGGUCGGACGGGGCCCCUUCACUCUGCCUGACCUCUCUCACUCAGAAGGGGAGCCAGGGCUGCCCCCACUGCGCGUGACGGUGCUGACACCCUCUGGCUUCUCCAGACUGUUGUGGUCAGUUCCUUCAGCAAGUACGGCAGGUCCUAAUUUAUUUCCAUGCUUCAUAGAUGUCACUCUGUGUGUGUGAUGAAGUCAACAUGUAUUCCUUUAAGGCCUGAUGCCUUGCACUUGACAUGAAUGAAUGACGCAGUGUCCUGUGAGGACAGCGGGUGACUUCUUCCUUGGGGGGCAAAGAAUGACGUUGACAAUGGUGGCCUGUAUGUCUGAGAGGCUCCUCAUUGCUUGUGUCGAAUGCUUCUUAAUUUGAUAAAAGUGCAAAGUAUGUUUUUCUCUGGUGUACAUUUCCCACAACUAAAAACAUCAAUAAAUUUAUAUGGUAUAUUUCUUAGGUGUUCUUCUU